CUGCGCUCCGCAUGUUCCGCUGUGGACCUGUGAAGGUCUGCAGGACUGGACCACAUCACCGGGUCUGAACAAAACCUCCACUCAGGCUGGACUGGCUCAUCGAGUUCACGGAGAAGAGUUUCCUCAGCCAUGCUGCAAAAUGCAAUAGGCAGAACUUGUUGGGAAAAUAUGAAGAAACCAUCACUGACCACAGAGGAUUUGCUUUCUCAUGGAACGUAGUACUUCUGCUCCACGCAUCAGCCAACUUCAUCCAAGCCGACAGUCCUGAGCGUUCAAUCAUUCCAGGAUGCUCCUCGAUGCUUGGGAACAUGAGCAGAUGGACAGGAAGUGGGCAUUAUGGACUGAGGGGGCGACUCCGUGCAUUUGUGAACCAAUGAGUCACAGAUGAGGGAUAGAAGCAGACUGUAGACCUGACUGGGCCAACAAUGACGGGGAAUGAUAUUAUUUGUUCUUUGCACCCGUGCAUUGAUUUUGCCAAUGACAAAUCCCGCUGCAAUCUCAGAUCAGUAGAAUGACCUAAUUCAGAAUAAAUGGACCCACGGUGAUAAGUAGGCUCCUUUCUCACUGGGUAAUGGAAAGUUCUCACAUAUGGACUCUGAUGAUUGUGGCUGGGGUGAGUGAGGUGACUUGAUAUUUGCACGUUCAGGAGUCAUUUUUGUUAGCCAUUUAAGGUUUGAGCAUUGAUGCUGCAUAUAGCGAUGUUGCGUCGCGGACUUAUAACUAGGGUUUCUCGUGUCGUGGGUGCGCUGGUGGUCCUCUGCUGCUCCCUAUCUCUUCUGUAUGUGAUGACCUGCAGCCCGCCACGUUCUGAUGACCAGUUGCUGAGCCACGCUCUGCCUCGUGCUGCACCCAACCAUCCCAGCCUGGGUGGCACAGGACCAGGGACUGGAGCAGGUGCAGGUGGGACAGGUGUUGCUGGAGUAGGGCAUGGACCACCGGGGGUCCAGCCUUACCAGGUGCUCCUCCAGGAACGUGAGGAGCAACAUCGCCUCCACAUCUCCUCCUUGAAGAAGCAGAUAGCUCAGUUGAAGGAGGCUUUGCAGGAGCACAGUCAGCAGUUGAAAGGAGUCCAGGAUAGCCUGAAGAAAGCUGCUGGGGGUCCGGCAGAGGGACAGGAACCUGUGGCUGGGGCUGCAGGAGGUAAUCUGGGAGAGGCUCAGGGAGCCAAGAGCCAGCAGGCUGAUCUCCAGGAGUUCCUAAAAAGCCAGCUAUUGAGGGCUGAGGUGAAUGCUGGCACCAGGUUGUCCAGUGAGUAUGCGGUGGUUCCGUUUGAGAGUUUUACCCUACAGAAGGUGUAUCAACUGGAGAUGGGACUGACCCGUCACCCUGAGGAGAAGCCCGUAAGGAAGGACAAAAGAGAAGAGCUGGGGGAAGUGCUGGAGAUGGCGCUACACACCCUCAACAAGCCUUCCUCACACCAAGACAAUAUUGGAAUAGCAGGAAAGACUCAACCUAGUAAAGUCUACACACCAUCAGACUUCAUAGAAGGUAUCACCCGCACAGAAAAAGACAAAGGCACCCUGUACGAGCUGACCUUCAGAGGGGAGUCGAGCAGUGAAUUCCAGUUCGUGGUUCUCUUUCGGCCCUUUGGCCCACUGAUGAAAGUGAAAAAUGAGAGAGUGGAUACAGCCAACGUCCCCAUCAAUAUCGUUGUGCCGCUUUCAAGACGGAUAGACAAGUUCAAACAGUUUAUGCACAACUUCAGGGAAGUCUGUGUGCGUCAGGAUGGCCGGGUCCAUCUGACUGUGGUGUAUUUUGGGAAGGAGCAGAUCAGCGAAGUCCGCAGCACUCUGGAAAAUCAUUCCAGGGAGGUCAGUUUUAAAAACUACACCUUACUGCAACUGGAUGAAGAGUUCUCUCGAGGACGUGGUUUGGACGUGGGAGCCCGAGCAUGGAAGGGAGGCAACGUGCUGCUUUUCUUCUGCGAUGUGGACAUCUACUUCACAGCUGACUUCCUCAACACCUGCCGACUGAACACACAGCCUGGUAGAAAGGUGUUCUACCCAGUGCUGUUCAGCCAGUACAACCCCUCACUCAUCUACGGAAGUCCGGAGCACAUCCCACCUGUGCCGCAACAGCUGGUAAUUAAGAAAGACACAGGGUUCUGGAGGGAUUUUGGGUUUGGCAUGACCUGCCAAUACAGGUCCGACUUUCUCAACAUUGGAGGUUUUGACAUCGACAUCAAAGGAUGGGGCGGUGAAGACGUCCACCUGUACAGAAAGUACCUCCACAGUAACCUUCUGGUGGUCCGAGCGCCGUCACGAGGCCUCUUCCACCUGUGGCACGAGAAACACUGCGCCGACGAGCUUCCUCCAGAUCAGUACCGCAUGUGCAUGCAGUCCAAAGCCAUGAAUGAGGCCUCGCAUGGCCAGCUGGGGAUGCUGUUUUUCAGGCAAGAGAUUGAAGCUCACCUCCGCAAGCAGAAGCACCAGCAAAACUCCAACUCCAAGAAGACAUGAAGUCACUCAGCUGAGUUUUCAAGUACAGCCGGUGAAUGAAACUGUUCUGCAGGCAGAGGGACGCGCCGGAGGAUGAAACAAUGUGAAGAUGAAGUCAUUUUUACUGCAGAGUGCCAGUGCGGGGAUAAUGAUUAAAACUUGUCUGUGAGUUCAUGUCCAUUCGUGUGUUCUGUAAAUGCAGCGAGGCCUUUCAGAAGGCAGCACGGAGCCUCGAUUUGCACUAUAAAGUCUGUCUGAACCACACGCCUUCUGUGAGCUUACUGUGACUUCUGCAGGAUGGCCAAAGUCCUACGACUUCAUGUGUAGUCUAGUAGGGACCCCUAUUGGUAUGAAAAGGAACAACAAGUUGGUGAAGAAAGUUCAUCAGCAAGCAUCCUUUUGUUACUGAAGCCAUCAGGCUGAUCUGCUUGAUUUUUGUUGUUGCUGUUUGUGUGUGUGUGUGUGUGUGUGUGUGUGUGUGUGUGUGUGUGUGUGUGUGUGUGUGUGUGUGUGUGUGUGUGUGUGUGUGUGUGUGUGUGUAUACACUGAUUUUAUGGUAAGAUGGUGCCCGGGGGCAUGGAGGACUUGAUGGCGAUCCUUCUCUGAUGCAGAUUUUCUUCCUUUUUAUCGCACUCGUGAUCUUUUUUUUUUUUUUUUGAGCAGAUAUGUUUGCUAUUACAUCUUUAUUUCACGUCACCUUAUGACAUCACAAAGCACAUCACUCCUAAAUGUUACAACACCCAGAUAUUUUUUUUAAUUCUCCAAAUAAGACCGCAAAUGCAGGCAUUUAAUGCUGGUUUUGAGAUGUUCUGAAUUCAUAUGAGUUAGUUUUUCUUCUAGAAAAUGUUGUUGCGAAGGUUGUAACAUUAGCAGUGAACUGACAAAGUUGUGUCACUAUUUUAACCUCCACACUAAAGAAUUGGGCAGCAUGGUGGAUUAGUGGUUAGCCCUGUUGCCUCACAGCAAGAAGGUCAUGGGUUUGAUUCCCACCUGUGGCCUUUCUGUAUGGAGUUUGGGUGGGUUUCCUCCGGAUGCUCCAGUUUCCUCCCACAUUUAAAGACAUGCGGGUUUGGUGAAUUGGAAACUUUAUAAUUGUCCAGGUCUCUCUUGCAACAGAGAUCUCAAUCUCAAUGGGAGUAACCUGGUUAAACUAAAUUAAAAUAUUAUAACUUGCGGGAUUUUAAAAUUUGCUGGAAGUACAACGUUAAUUGGUGGAAUGGAUUGUGAACAUCCCAAAACGACAUGAAAAGCCUUGUUUUGCAGAGGCUUUUUAGGAGCAGACCCUUCGGUCUGCGACACCGGAUCAUGGUGGCAGUAGACCAAGCAGCUCAUCUCACACUUCCCUAUCUUCUGCCAAGUCUUCUAACUCUUCCUGGGGGAUCCCGAGGCUUUCCCAAAUUAGCUGGGAAAUGUAAUCCCUCCAGCGUGUCCUGGAUCUUCCCUAGGGUCUCGUCCCAGUUGGACAUACCUGGAAGACCUCCAUAGGGAGUUGAGCAGGUGGGAUCCUCAUCAUAUGCUUGAACCACCUCAAAGUGAAGAAGCAGCAGCCCCUCUUAGAUAUUUGAGGUUCUUACCCUGUCCAGGAGUGUCAGCGCAGAUACCCAAUGGAGGACUCUCAUUGCAUAAGCAACCUUGUUCUUUUGGUUAUUACCCAAACCUCAUGACAAUAGUAAGGAUAGGAGCAUAAAUCGACUGGUAAAUCCAGAGUCUAGCCUUCUGGCUCAGCUCUUUCUUCACCACGACGGCCCAGUACAGCGUCUGAGGGUGAUUCUUUAACUACGGGCACUAUUGGCC